AUGAUAGCCAGUCAAAAUGGUCAUUAUCAAGUGGUAGAAGUGCUACUCAACCAACAAGUUGAUCCUAAUAUCAAAGAAAAAGAAGAUUGGACUGCACUGAUGAUAGCCAGUGAAAAUGGUCAUUAUCAAGUGGUGGAAGUGCUACUCAACCAACAAGCUGAUCCUAAUAUUCAAAACAAUAAUGGAACAACAGCCCUUAUGAUGGCUACUCAAAAUGGUCAUUAUGAAAUGGUGGAACUGCUACUCAACCAAAAAGCUGGUUCUAAUAUUCAAAACAAUAAUGGAACAACAGCCCUUAUGAUAGCUAGUCAAAAUGGUCAUUAUGAAAUGGUGGAACUGCUACUCAACCAAAAAGCUGAUCCUAAUAUCCAAUUGGCAUGCAGACGAACAGCCUUGUACAUAGCUAGUGAAAACGGUCAUUAUCAAGUGGUGGAACUGCUACUCAAGGAACAAGCCGAUCCUAAUAUCAAAGAUGAAGAAGAUUGGACCGCACUGAUGAUAGCCAGUCAAAAUGGUCAUUAUCAAGUGGUGGAACUGCUACUCAAGGAACAAGCCGAUCCUAAUAUCAAAGAUGAAGAAGAUUGGACUGCACUGAUGAUAGCAAGUCAAAAUGGUCAUUAUCAAGUGGUGAAAGUGCUACUCAACCAACAAGCUGAUCCUAAUAUUCAAAACAAUAAUGGAACAACAGCCCUUAUGAUAGCUAGUCAAAAUGAUCAUUAUGAAAUGGUGGAACUGCUACUCAACCAACAAGCUGAUCCUAAUAUCCAAUUGCCAGACAGACGAACAGCCUUGUACAUAGCUAGUGAAAACGGUCAUUAUCAAGUGGUGGAACUGCUACUGAAUCAUAAAGCUGAUCCUAAUAUUCAAAACAAUAAUGGAACAACAACCCUUAUGAUAGCUAGUCAAAAUGGUCAUUAUGAAAUGGUGAAACUGCUACUGAAUCAAAUAGCUGAUCCUAAUAUUCAAAACAAUAAUGGAGCAACAGCCCUUAUGAAAGCUACUCAAAAUGGUCAUUAUGAAAUGGUGGAACUGCUACUCAGCCAAAAAGCUGGUUCUAAUAUUCAAAACAAUAAUGGAGCAACAGCCCUUAUGAUAGCUACUCAAAAUGGUCAUUAUGAAAUGGUGGAACUGCUACUCAGCCAACAAGCUGAUCCUAAUAUCCAAUUGGUAGACAGACGAACAGCCUUGUACAUUGCUAGUGAAAACGGUCAUUAUCAAGUGGUGGAACUGCUACUCAAGGAACAAGCCGAUCCUAAUAUCAAAGAUGAAGAAGAUUGGACCGCACUGAUGAUAGCCAGUCAAAAUGGUCAUUAUCAAGUGGUGGAAAUGCUACUCAACCAACAAGUUGAUCCUAAUAUCAAAGAAAAAGAAGAUUGGACUGCACUGAUGAUAGCAAGUCAAAAUGGUCAUUAUCAAGUGGUGGAAGUGCUACUCAACCAACAAGCUGAUCCUAAUAUUCAAAACAAUAAUGGAGCAACAGCCCUGUACAUAGCCAGUGAAAAUGGUCAUUAUCAAGUGGUGGAAGUGCUACUCAACCAACAAGCUGAUCCUAAUAUCAAAGAAAAAGAAGAUUGGACCGCACUGAUGAUAGCCAGUCAAAAUGGUCAUUAUCAAGUGGUGGAAGUGCUACUCAACCAACAAGCUGAUCCUAAUAUCAAAGAAAAAGAAGAUUGGACCGCACUGAUGAUAGCCAGUCAAAAUGGUCAUUAUCAAGUAGUGGAAGUGCUACUCAACCAACAAGCUGAUCCUAAUAUUCAAAACAAUAACGGAGCAACAGCCCUGUACAAAGCCAGUCAAAAUGGUCAUUAUCAAGUGGUGGAAGUGCUACUCAACCAACAAGCUGAUCCUAAUAUUCAAAACAAUAAUGGAGCAACAGCCCUGUACAUAGCCAGUGAAAAUGGUCAUUAUCAAGUGGUGGAAGUGCUACUCAACCAACAAGCUGAUCCUAAUAUCAAAGAAAAAGAAGAUUGGACCGCACUGAUGAUAGCCAGUGAAAAUGGUCAUUAUCAAGUGGUGGAAGUGCUACUCAACCAACAAGCUGAUCCUAAUAUCAAAGAAAAAGAAGAUUGGACCGCACUGAUGAUAGCCAGUCAAAAUGGUCAUUAUCAAGUAGUGGAAGUGCUACUCAACCAACAAGCUGAUCCUAAUAUUCAAAACAAUAACGGAGCAACAGCCCUGUACAAAGCCAGUCAAAAUGGUCAUUAUCAAGUGGUGGAAGUGCUACUCAACCAACAAGCUGAUCCUAAUAUUCAAAACAAUAACGGAGCAACAGCCCUAUACAAAGCCAGUCAAAAUGGUCAUUAUCAAGUGGUGGAAGUGCUACUAAACCAACAAGCUGAUCCUAAUAUCAAAGAAAAAAAGAUUGGACUGCACUGA